GUGCACGAGCAGCUGGCGGCGCUGUCCCAGCCCCAGCAGAACAAACCAAAGAAGAAGGAGAAGGACAAGAAGGAGAAGAAGAAGGAGAAGCACAAAAAGAAGGAGGAGCUGGAGGACACCAAGAAGAGCAAAGCCAAGGAGCCGCCGCCCAAGAAGGCCAAGAAGAGCAACAGCAACAGCAGCGCCUCCAGCAAGAAGGAGCCGGCGCCGGUGAAGCCCAGCAAAGCCGCGCCCGCCUACGAGUCGGAGGAGGAGGAGAAGUGCAAGCCCAUGUCGUACGAGGAGAAGCGGCAGCUGAGCCUGGACAUCAACAAACUGCCCGGGGAGAAGCUGGGCAGGGUCGUGCACAUCAUCCAGAGCAGGGAGCCCUCGCUCAAGAACUCCAACCCCGACGAGAUCGAGAUCGACUUCGAGACGCUGAAGCCGUCGACGCUGCGCGAGCUCGAGCGCUACGUCACCUCCUGCCUGCGCAAGAAGAGGAAACCCCCAG